AUGCUUAUUGCUGUAGCUUCUAAAGAUGCUAUACUAAAUAAAAAAGUAAAGAUGCUUAUGCAUAAUGGCAAAUUAAAAACAUACACGAAGGGAUCAAUGGUGGAAAAUCCGGAUCAACUACAAGGAGUGACUAUUUUUAUUGAGAAAUUAAAGGAUGAUAUUGAAUUUAUUGAAUUAUCAGAAAAACUGAAUGAGAAAAAUUCGGUAUUAUAUUUAUACAGUAAAUGUUCAAUAGAAGCCUCAACCCAAUAG